AACCUGUUCUGAUUCGUUUGGAUGUGGAUUCUAAGCUCAGUGAUCAGAUCAAGCUGUCAUUCUUCCACCUGCGUGUGGAUGACAAGCCGGCUCUGCUGCUCCACCUCCUGAGGAACGUAGUAAAGCCUCAGGAACAGACAGUGGUCUUUGCUGCCACCAAACACCAUGUGGAGUACCUAAAGGAGCUGCUGUCGUCAGAAGGUUUAGAGUGUGCCUACAUCUACAGUGCCCUUGAUCAGACUGCCAGGAAGAUCAACAUUGGGAAAUUUGUGCACCGGAAAGCCAUGGUGCUUCUGGUGACUGAUGUUGCUGCUCGUGGUAUAGACAUCGCCCUGCUGGAUAAUGUCAUCAAUUACAACUUCCCCUCCAAGGCCAAACUCUUCUUGCACAGAGUUGGGCGUGUGGGACGAGCGGGCCGAAGUGGCACAGCCUAUAGUCUGAUUUGUCCUGAUGAAAUGCCUUAUGUCUAUGACCUCUACCUCUUCCUAGGGCGACCAGUUCAGUUUGCUUCACCUGAACACACACAAGAUUCAGAAGGUGUGUUUGGUCGAGUCCCUCAGAGGAUCUUGGAUGAUGAAAGUGCUCAUGUGAUCACGUCUCAUGAAAACUCGCUGGACCUGCAAAAUCUGCUCCGUGUCUCAGAGAACGCCUACAAGCAGUACCUCAAGUCGCGGCCAAACCCCUCGCCGGAGUCCAUCAGACGGGUUAAAAACAUAGAUCUGUCCAGCAUGGGUGUCCAUCCAGUACUCGGGUGUGGUCUGGAAAAAAUGGAACUGGAGUGCCUUCAAAUAGUCGAUGCCAUCAAGAGCUACAAAUCCAAAGCGACCAUCUUCGAAAUCAACUCCAGUAGUAAGACACCAGCCAGUGAGGUGAUGCGGGCCAAACGCUCUAAAGACACUCGGCUAGUGGACAAAUUCAGCAAGCAGAGAGAGGACCGAGCUGCAGAAAGCAGGCUGCAGCAGCCAAUCAACCCCACCACUACUGCUGACUGUGACAUCACAGAAAAGGAGGAGAGUGAUCUAAAUGGGGUGUUUUCAGAGGUGGUAGGUGGUAAAAGAAGAGGUCAGCAGGAAGAUGGUGAAGAACGACCAAAGACCAAGAAAAAAAGGCAGUCAGGCAAAGAUGAAGAGUAUUAUAUCCCUUACAGACCUAAAGACUUUGACUCUGAGAGAGGGUUGAGUCUCGGUGGAGAGGGCAGUGCUUUUGAACAGCAGGCCUCUUCAGCUGUCCUUGAUCUCAUGGGAGAUGAAGGCGAUCGCCUUAACCAGCAGAAAAAAAUGAUGAAAUGGGACCGUAAGAAGAAGCGUUUUGUGAGAGAAACGGGAAAAGAAGACCAGAAGAAGAAGAUCAAAACAGACAGCGGUCAGGUUAUCAGUAACAAGAAGAACAGGAAGAACUUUUAUGAGGAGUGGAAGAAAAAAUACAAGAUUGAUGAUACAGGAUCUGGAUCAGACGGAGAAACAGGCGGAGGAGGCAGGAAGCCAGCAAGAGGUCGUGGCCGUGGCCGACGAGGUCCAAACGUACAGAGCUCCGGUGACCACAAAGCACGCUCGGAGCUGAAAACAAAGGAUCAGAUCAUGAAGCAGCGCAAGAAAAAGCAGAAGCACCAGUUCCUGCAGGGCGGGGGGAUGAGCAAGCUCCGCUCCAAGAACAAAAAGUGGCUCGGAGAAGUGAAAAAGUCAGGUUUUGGAAGGGGUGGCCAUAAGAAAGGCAAGCUGAGGAAGAAGCUGUGAGGAGGACAGAGGGUUGAUGGUGUGGAGGACAUCACGAGGAAGUAAGCGUCAGAAUCACCUGAGAACAUCACCAAAGAUUUUCCUGGCGCUUUGUGUGACUGUAGAUUAAGGAGACAAUGAUUUGUGCAUCUUUACGCUGCAGAAAUGCACGUCACUUCUUCCUUGAUGGCCUGCUGAACUCUGCGUUUGCCACAGAGUUAUGUUUAAUUAUGAUCCACUAAUCUGGAUUUACUACUUGUAAGCAUGUUGGCAGUCUAAUAAAAGUGUUUUGGAGUACUGAAA